AUGGGUGUUGUCGGUGGGUGCCAGGAGGGGUCAGUGGUGGGACAGGAGUCAGAGCAAGCCGCUCGGGGGGACGGGGGGUUGCAGCAGGGGCAGGAGCAGAUGUUUGGAGGUGUGGGAUCAGCUGGAGGUGGAGGGAGGAGCUGGAGGUUGAUAGAGGAAGGAACUGGAGGUGGAGGGAGGAGAUGGUGGUGGAGGGAGGAGAUGGAGGUGGAGGGAGGAGAUGGAGGUGGAGGGAGGAGAUGGAGGUGGAGGGAGGUGCGAGGCUGA